AUGAAAGACAUCGACUAUGGUAAUCCGCGGUUGUACAGCGAGUACGAUUACGUGAUUGUUGGGGCCGGACCUGCGGGAUGCGUGUUGGCGAAUCGUCUCUCAGAAGAUCCCUCGGUGACGGUGCUGUUGCUAGAGAUUGGCCGAGGUGAACGUCCGUCGUUCUCAGAGCCUCCACUGACGCUGCCGAUGUUGGCCUCGACGGAUUAUAAUUUUGGGUACCUAACGGAACCACAGAAGUACGGUUGCCUUGGGUUGACGGGACGACAGUGUAACUGGGCACAUGGCCGUGGUGUUGGUGGCUCGUCGAUCAUUAAUAAUAUGAUCUAUACGCGCGGCAAUCGACGUGACUUCGACAACUGGGCCCGGGCUGGAAUGGUGGGCUGGAGUUGGGAUGAGGUACUGCCUUACUACAAGCGUAUCGAGCAUUCCAACAUCAAGGAUUUCGAUAAUAAUGGCGCUCAUGGAAAAGGGGGCCGUGUUUCGGUAGAAGACUGUCCAUUCCGUUCGCAAGUUGCCAAAGCAUUUGUAGCAGCUGCCGAACAAUCCGGUUAUCCUUAUCUGGAUUACAACGCGGGUGAUAAUUUCGGGGUUUCGUUCCUGCAAGCGCACACCAAGCGUGGCCGUCGCGUCACUGGAGGCACAACGUACUUGAAAGACAUUCGCCAUCGACCAAACUUGCACAUUUCCACGCGUUCCUGGGCGACGGAGAUCCUCUUCAACGAUGCAACCAACGAGGCUGUUGGAGUAAAGUUUACGAAAAACAAGCGCUAUCGUACGGCACGAGCUCGGCGCGAGGUCAUCCUAUCGGCCGGAGCCUUCGAGACACCGAAACUGUUAAUGAAUUCCGGUAUUGGACCUGCUGCUCAUCUGCGGCAACAUGGUAUUCAUGUACGAAAAGACCUGCCUGUCGGACGGCGGAUCUACGAGCAUGGCGGUGUCUUUGGUCCGGUAUUCAUAAUCCAUAAUGGUUCACCUGCUGAGAGCAACUUGUUAAGCUUGGAGAACGUUGUGACAUUGGAUGAGAUUUUGCGUUUCCGUAACGGUUCAGGGCCAUUGACUACUAACUCCAUCGAAAGCCUGCUCUACGUCAAGUCACCGGUAGCAGCCGAUCCGGAUCCAGCUAUGCCCGACGUAGAGGUGAUGCAGUCCUUUACCUCCUUCAGCUUCGACUCUUCGUCCAGCACGAAUGCUGCCUAUCAGCUACCGGACGCUCUGGUACGCCAGUACUUCACUCCACUGGAGGGUACCAGAAACUUUAUGUUUCUACCGAUGCUGCUGAAGACGCACACCGUUGGACGGUUGGAGCUGAAAUCUCGUAACCCAUUCAACCAUCCCUUGUUCCGGUAUCAAUACUUUGAGGAUGCGCGCGAUGUCGAGGCGUUGGUGUACGCGAUUAAGGAGGUGUUGCGCAUCGCCCAGGCCGCACCACUACAGAAGCUUGGCAUUGAACAGUACAGACGCCCGGUGCUGGGGUGUGAACAUGAGGAGUUCAACUCGGACGAUUACUGGCGCUGCCAUGUGCGCACGCUGACGACUACGUUCGAGCAUCAAGUUUCGACAUGCCGGAUGGGUCCCGACCACGAUCCGGACGCAGUUGUUGAUCCGCGACUGAGGGUACGUGGUAUUGGUCGGCUGCGAGUGGCCGACAUAAGUAUCAUACCCGAGCCACCAUCCGCUCAUACCUGCGCAAUGAGUUAUUUGAUCGGAGAGAAGGCAUCGGACAUGAUCAAGGAGGAUAAUCAUUACUAA